AUGUCCAAGAUACUCCGAUCAGAGAGUCGGCAUACUCCAGCGCUCCAAGAGUGGGCAGAUGACCAGAGCGCAUCGACGCAUGUUGCAUAUCUUUCGGAUCCCACUUGUGAUGUCUCCGAGUCCAAGUUGAGCAGACAUUCAGAAGUCCAUGCCAACUUCCCAGAAGUUCCCUUAGUGGAGUGCACACCAGAAGUCAAAGUUAAAGUUGAAGUCGAAGUCAGAAGCGAAGCGCUGCAAACUGAAUUGAGUCGCGCUCACAUUCAGUCUGAAGCCGAUCGUGCGCCGAUUGCCGCAUCCAUCUCUAGCGCUGAGAGCCUAGAAUCUAGCACUUAUGACCAACUAGAGAGCCCUGUUGAAGUACCAGAGCUAGAACCAAAAGAGCUUAGGCCUAUCGGCCUUGAACGCACCUCAGAUCCGCAAAUUUGCGAAGAUAACUUAGCUCCUCAGGCCUCAGAUUGGGCCGAGACUACCCAUACGUGCUCAGACGAAGCUAGAAUACCUCACACGAUGGAGGCGACGACUUUUAUUGACAAGAAGGAGCCGAUUGACUCAAGCGCGAUGACUUUGAAUCCGCGAGCCUUUGACCCACACCCGGUCUUAGAUUCCACUCAGGAACUGGGGUGGCAACGAUCCGAAGUGACCCCUAGUGAUCCUACGGCGGCCAGCGAGCCUCUAUCCGACGAUGCAGACACUCUUGUGACAAGCAUUGAGCCUGGAGUGUUGCUCACAUUCAAGAAUGCGACCACAUACUAUCCGAUCUCAGAGUUUGAGUUGGAAUUUGCAAAGAUUGCUAUCGUCCAUCGUAUGAACCAAAAGAGAAUAGUGCUUUAG